CGUAUGGAGUCUCGGUCAAAAGUCUACUAUUAAAGUUAUGUUUGAAAAAUCUCGGGGAAAUACCACAUCCCAAGAAAUUUUAAAGAAAAAUUUUGAUAAGCUUCGUAACCAAUGGGAAACUGAGGCGUAUCUUGAAAUAUCGAAGACGCGUCUUCGGGAACAUGCUGAUCAAAUAAUCGAAGCGAAAUGGGGCACCUUGGAAGGUUGCACUGCGCGUUAUCCUACUUGUGAUUCAAACUGUGAAGAUAUUAAAGACACCAGAUAUACACAUCAUACCUCCGUACAUGUGAUCAUGGUAGCACACGAAUUGCGUUGGAAAAGUAACAAUGUUGACCAAUUUGUUGAGUCAAACAUGUUGAUGGACAUCAACCAACCACCUUGGUUAAAAAUAGAGCAUAAAGAUGUUGCGGAUAACAAGAUAAGAAUUAUGCGUG